AUGUUGCUCGACGGAAACUUCAAUGCUAAAUUGGCUGACUUUGGGCUGGUGACACAAAUCAACCAUACCCAAACCUCACGCGACACGGACAACAUCAUUGGCACUCCAGCAUACAUUGACCCAGGAUAUGUUGACACCGGCAAGUCAUCUGGGCAGUCUGAUGUCUACAGCUUAGGUGUCCUGCUGCUUGAGAUUGUCUGUGGAGAAAAACCAAUCUUCCAGUCUGAUGGCGGAAACAGCCUUAUCAAGAAGGUUAGGCAAUUCCAUGAGACGAAUACCAUUCUUGAGGCAGCUGACAAGCGGCUGAGGGGUCACUAUGAUGAGGAGAUCAAAAAAGUAUUAGAGGCUGGGCUAAGGUGUGUCCACCAGGAUCGUCACCAACGUCCGCAUAUGAGAAGAUUAAGGGAUUUCUUAAUUGAUUUUCGAGUUCCAUUACGUUCAAAUCCCAUCCCUUCCGGAGCUAAUGAGAGCGGAUCAGCUGCUGCAAGUGAAGAUGAGCCUGGUAUCAUGCUCUCUCCACCUUCACGGGCCAGUGAAGAUGCUGGAGUCGCGUCACUCUUGAAGCGAGUGGCUACCUUUUAG